CCUGGUGUCUAGUCACUUGCCACUUGUUUUUGACUUUGAAACCUUUUUUAUAACAUCUUCGUUCACACAUUCGCAAUGCGUUUUGCUGUCCCUCUCGUCUCUGUUCUCCUUGCUGUUUCUGCCUCUUUGGCUGCCCCCGCGGUCUCGUUAGAAUCCCGUCAAAUUGGAAACCUCGCAUGUAACGUUGCACGAGGACAGAUCGUCGCUGCUCUUAACAAGAGUGGCAAGAACCUCAAAAAUGUGGACACUUCUACUGACCCCGCUGCGGCUGGUGCGGUUACAACUGCCCAAACAGGUUUGAAGGCUGCCGGUGACGGUAUCAAGACGAUUGCUCUGUCUAUCAUUACUGGCCAAGCUUCACCUGCCGGCUCAAGGGACCAAGUUGCGAAUGGUAUUCAGUCCGCUACUGAUGCUCUUACUGCCCUUCAAUCGACGGACCCCAACGUGGAGACAACCUUACAAUCACUUGCAGAUGCAACUGCAGCCGGCCAAAAGGUUGUGGCCACUUGCAAGUAGAAAGUUUUGAAAGGCUUCUCAGAUUGAGCACCUUCGUAAGAGCGGACUUUGUUU